AGUGAAAUUGGGUUGUUAUAAUGUAGAUAAGGCCUCCACCAAAUUAGCAUUCAAUCCGGAUAUAUUUAAUCCAUAAAAUUCAUAUAAUCCAGGUCAGUAUCGCCUCGGAUUGACCCAUCCUCAGUCGCAACCGAAUACAUCUCACCGCCAUCUGCCACGUUGUUUAUUUACCGUUUGAAUAGCACCCUCUUUCGCCCCUCUCUAUAUAUACCCCUACGCGGCGCCUCCACUUUGCUCAACACUAUUACUUCUUACCUUCUUCUCAUAUAUAUAAAACUCCUGCAUUCCCUUUGUGUUCGCGGGAAUUUGGGAUUUUAAGAAUCUUUCUUGUUUUCUUUUUCUUUCCGACCGGGAAUAUAUUGUCCUUUUGCGCAUGGCUGCAGCUGAUCUCUCUGUGAUCUUGCCUCGUGUUCUUAUCGUCUCCAGACGCAGCGUUCGUAAAAACAAGUUCGUCGAUUUUGUCGGAGAAUAUCAUCUAGAUCUGAUAGUGAGCUAUGGCGCGGUACCCGUAAUCGUGCCACGAGUAACAGGGGUGCACAUGCUGCUGGACAGCUUCGAGCCCAUCCACGGCGUCCUUCUAUGCGAAGGCGAAGACAUCGAUCCCUCUCACUACGAAGCCGACGCCUCCAACCUCUCCCCCGAAGAAUUGGAAGAAAUCCGAAGACUGCACGCUAGCGACACCGCCAUCGACCGAGAAAAGGACGCAAUCGAGCUCGGAUUAGCCAAACUCUGCCUCGAAAGAAACAUUCCCUACUUGGGAAUCUGCAGGGGAUCGCAGAUCCUCAACGUCGCCUGCGGCGGCACCCUCUACCAAGAUAUCGGGAAAGAACUUUCCAAAAAUGUGGGCCAACAGCCACAUGAGAGGGUGGUGCACAUGGAUUACGAUAACUACGACGGCCAUCGCCAUCCAGUCAGGAUUGUCGACGCCACCCCUCUGCAUCAAUGGUUCAACCACUCUUUAGAUGAUGCUGACAAGGAGAUUUGGGUGAAUAGCUACCACCAUCAAGGGGUCAAGAAGUUGGCUCAGAGGUUCGUGCCCAUGGCCUUUGCCCCCGACGGUUUGGUCGAAGCCUUUUAUGAUCCCGACGCUUAUAAUCCGGAUGAUGGCAAGUUCAUAAUGGGCCUGCAGUUUCAUCCCGAGCGGAUGAGGAAGCCCGAUUCCGAUGAAUUCGACUACCCCGGUUGCCCUUUCGCUUAUAAGGAGUUUGCCAAGGCGGUUCUUGCUUAUCAGAAGAAGCUGAAUAGUAUGACGAGUGUGCCCAAGCUUGAUGUAGAGAUGGAGAAGAAGAGGAAGAUUAUUGUAAGGAGCUUUUCACUUGCAAGAAACUUGUAUGAUGGCGGCUGCGGGGACGAUUCGGAACUGGAGGCCGGAGCAGAGUUUCUUGAGUCGAAUAGGGCGUUGAGCGUGCAGCAGGAGACGCGGCUGAAGCAGAUGGGGGCGACGGUGAGGAAUGCGUCGUCCUACUUGGAGAAACUGAGACUGAGCGAGGAGAGGGAGAAGCAGGCGAGGAACGUGAUCGGGAAGAUGUCGGUGGAGCAGCUGUCGGAUCUCACGGCGUUCUACCACAUGAUGGGGCAGAUAUGCUCUGAGGUGUUGGAGACGAAGCUUGGGAUCGUAGACGACCUCAACUUGUGAUGCCAUUUGUAUAUAUGUUGUUUGCAAACCUCCACUCAACUGUAUGAUGCAGACAUCAUUUCUCAACUGUAUGAUGCUAUCUGUGGCAUGUGGAUCUCCAUCCACUUUUCUGUUUCCACUCAUUAAUUAACGCUCCUUCCAUUUCAACUA